AUGGCACAGACCCGGACAGAUAAAGAUACACAGAUACAACACCCCCACGCUACUGCUCCUCCAAAUUGCUGCUCGACGAAGAUGCAGGACGAAGAUAUGCAAUCUCACUCGGCUCGUUCCAGUUCGUACAUUCCCCAUGCUGCAACGAUGCUUCAUGAAACACGACAGAACACGGCCUCUUUGAGGUUGAAGCUCCCAGCAAACAUCCAGGUAGAAGCGAGCAGCGUGGUACAGAAAGUGCGUCGACAGGGCUCGCCAGAGGUCGCGCCAUCUGGCGACCUGUGCCACACCAUGACUGUCUCACAGUGCGCAAUUUUGGUCUGCUUGGCUCGCGAAGAUACUUUGGAGCUCGAGCCUCGAAACCGCGUGGUCGAUCCCCGCACUUUCGACGGCUUCGUCGACGCUCUCGUCAUUCUUGGUGGUGAUGGCGAUCGUCGUCGAGCAGGAGCACAGAAGCGCCUUCCUGUAACGUUCGUUAGAGAGGAGAUCCGGAUCGGAGCGUGGCCUCCAGUCUCCGAAUCUUCGAUGGGAGACAUGGCCGUGCGACUUGCUAUCGCUACCGUACCAUCGACGAACGAAAAGACCAGCUGGGAACUCGCAGCUUCUCCACGACGCACCUCGCGUCUCGCUUCUCCAGACAAUAAGGCAUGCGGCAGUUGGGCAGACUGCAUCCAGACGGUUCCAAUAACGCGGCUCUACACGGCUGUAUACCUUGUCGCAGCUGCAAUGCAUUGCGGAGUGUGCACAUUUCUGUACGCCCAAGACCACUUCGAGGAUUGGAUGUGCCACGUGGGGUAA